GUGUACCACAGACUGACUACUGAGUACCAGAGUACUUUAAAAAUAAAAACUGGAAAUUCAACAUCCCAUGGGUUUCUAUAAAGAUGAAAUUAUAAAAUUCCAAGCGAUCCGCCGUUUUUGUGCUAUUCCCACUUCUUGGCAGCAGUUGGCACUGGCAAUCGUCAUCAGGCAUUCAUAGAGGCAUUCAAGUUGUUUAAACUUUAAAGCCUUAAAAAUGGCCGAUGGGGUCCAAGUUCUUCUUAGGCGUAAUCGUCCCGGCUCCAAAGCAAAGGAUUUCUGUCGCUGGCCUGAUGAGCCUUUUGAAGAAAUGGACAGCACAUUGGCAGUUCAACAGUUUAUUCAACAGACUAUAAGACGUGAUCCUGCAAACUUGGAAGCAAUACUCAAGAUGCCCGAAGCACAAGAUGAAGGGGUGUGGAAAUAUGAACAUCUGAGACAAUUUUGCAUGGAGUUAAAUGGCUUAGCAGUUAGAUUACAAAGUGAGUGUAAGCCUGAAACAUGCACUCAGAUGACAGCAACUGAACAGUGGAUCUUCCUGUGUGCUGCACACAAAACUCCUAAAGAAUGUCCUGCUAUUGAUUACACCAGACAUACCCUGGAUGGAGCUGCUUGUUUACUGAACAGCAAUAAAUAUUUUCCAAGCAGGGUGAGUAUAAAGGAGUCUUCAGUGGCAAAGCUGGGAUCAGUAUGCAGAAGAGUCUACAGAAUCUUUUCUCAUGCAUAUUUUCAUCACCGAGCAAUAUUUGAUGCUUUUGAGAAGGAAACGCAUUUGUGUAAAAGAUUUACAUAUUUUGUGACAAAGUACUCGAUAAUAUCAAAGGAGAUUUUAAUAUUGCCAAAGCUAGAUGAUGAAACACCAAUAGCUCAACCAGUAGGGGAAUCAGAAGCUUGAAGCAACAAUACUAUUUUCGUCUUCUGAGCAUAUCCUCAGUAUUAAACAUAGGCUGUACCAUAUAUUAUACUGUUUAAGUUCUAAACCCAUAUUUGAAUAUGGUAAAUUAUUUAUUUUUUCUUAAUUAAAAAUUCAAAUGCAUGAUAUUUGCCCUAAACUCAUUUCAUAAACAAUGUGUUUGCUAACCCAAUUUUUUUUUAUAAUUUUGAGAAAUGAUGUUGAAGCAAUAUUAUCAAAGAUCUGAACUGCUCCUUGAUCAAACUACCCACAUAUUAUUAUACAGUUGUAUUUGUACCCAUUUUAUUAAAUGUUAAGUAUAAUUAAACUUAAAUAAACAGUGGUUCUCGUAUUCAU